CACACACACACACACACACACACACACUACCCUGAAGUUCAACACCAGUUUAAAUCAGCGACAGACACUGCAGGAGGAGAAAAUCACUUCUGAGCUCUUGGAGUUCAGAGAUUUCACAUUCAGGAAGUUCUUCGCGUCUUCAGUUUUCAGAAAGCGCUUGGGUUGUGUGUAAAUGUCGUAAACAGAGAUGCAGUUGGAGAGCUGUGAUGGGGUGAGAACGUUUCAUUUAGGAGGAGCUUUGAUUCUGAAGAUCACAUCAUCCUGAAGGAAUUGCUCAUGUCUGGAGAGUUGUGUCAUUUAUCUGGAGCUCUAGUUGUUCUUUUCUUUUUCUUUUUAGGAAGAAGUGUUUUUCUGGGUAGAAUUAAAAAAAAUUAAAUAAAUUCCAGGAAUUUUUCUUCUCAGAAGCAUUGAUUUGGAAAGUUCUUCUCGGAAUCUUUCGGACUGUCGCUCCAGUGGAAAAUCAGAGUCCCCCUGAAGGAACUGAGAGGGCUUUGUUGGUGUGUUUGGAGGAAAGUGCUGAGGGAAAAGUUGAACAGUUCCUUCACCUCUCUGAGAGGAGCAGCUUCAUGUUUCUGGAGCUUCUGGGUUUGUGAAGAUCUUCUCAACACGGAGUCACCGAUCUUCUCAGCAUCUCAGAGGAGCUUCGGUUUUGGGGAUGGUUCCUGUACCGCAGUUGGAUAUCGCGCAGUAGAAUAGAGUAUUCCCAUGGCGACUUCACCGAGCUUCGGCUUCACGCAGGAGCAGGUGGCGUGCGUGUGCGAGGUCCUUCAGCAGGGCGGAGAUCUCGAGCGGCUCGGUCGCUUCCUGUGGUCGCUUCCGGCGUGCGACCGCCUGCACAAGAACGAGUCGGUGCUCCAGGCCAAAGCAGCGGUGGCGUUCCACCGAGGAGACUUCCACGAGCUCUACCGGAUCCUCGAGAGCCACCAGUUCUCCGCGCAGAACCACGCCAGGCUGCAGCAGCUGUGGCUCAGGGCACACUAUGCCGAGGCGGAGACGCUGCGAGGGCGCCCGCUCGGGGCCGUGGGGAAGUACCGCGUGCGCCGGAAGUUCCCGCUGCCGCGCACCAUCUGGGACGGAGAGGAGACGAGCUACUGCUUCAAGGAGAAGUCGCGCUCUGUGCUGCGGGACUGGUACACGCACAACCCGUACCCGUCCCCGCGCGAGAAGCGGCAGCUGGCCGACGUCACCGGUCUCACCACCACACAGGUCAGCAACUGGUUCAAGAACCGGAGACAGAGAGACCGAGCCGCCGAGGCCAAGGACAGGUGAGCCGAGAGCGUGCUGCACGCUUUCUCUCUCUCUCUCUCUCUCUCUCUGACACACACACACACACACACACACACACCUUAUAAAACAGUUCCUCUUGUUAGGCCGCUUCAUGGCAGUUUACAGCUUGGUCCAGGUUGAAUCUGUAAUAAUCACAGGGAAAUGAAAAUAACCUGCAUGCACGGCACCGUGUAGACGUAAUAACUGUGUUUUAUUUCAGUGUUUCUGACAGUGGGGAUCUCAGCGCCGAUAAACCGCUCCAGCUCUGCAGCUCUG